UUCAUUCUAAAUCUUUUUUGUCUCUGCUGUUUGGUUCAGGCUGGAUCUCUGUCUCAGUUUCUGAGACUGUGAACAUGCAGUCUGGUGAAGAUGUCACACUGCAGUGCUCCAACAUGGUCAAACGUGAAUCUGUGACAUUGUGGUUCAGACUGGUGAAUAAAACCAAGGCCAGCUGUAUCUCUGUUAUGUUCCGUGCUGACGAGGACGCUGAAUACUGUGAGGGAUUUCAAAAUGGAGAAUUUAAAAUGAGAUCCGACAGCUCCACCACCUCUCUCAGAAUCAAACAGGUGGAUUUAUCUGACUCUGGACUGUAUUUCUGUGGAUUUUACACAGAGGGACGCCUGUUUUUCAGUGUUAUACACUUAAAUGUGAAAGAAGAGUCUGAGGGAAUAGCAAAGCUGACGAGUGUGAUCCUGGGUGCUCUGACUGUUGUCCUUGUGAUAGUCAUCGCUGGUCUGAUUGUGAAAAACAGGAAACUUCAGACAGCCGAUAAAGAAGAACAGAGUCCAGAGCAAAGUGAGAAUGUGGGAUCUGAUGACCUGAACUACGCAGCAGUAACAUUUCGAACAACAAGAGCAAAAAGAAGAGAGCUGGAGCCAAAUGUUGUUUAUGCUGCCACCAGAUAG